UUUUUCCCAAGGCAAAUGAGAUUCGUUACUCUGUUAGCAUUAAAUAAGCGAGUAUUAACUCUUGUCGGAAGCUCGAGCCCCCGGGCACUCACAGAGUCGGCGCCUAUGAUUUCACACAAUAGUCCCCUUCUUGGGUUUACGCUCAUCGUAAUAACAGACGUACAGACAGCUGUUCGUAAUUUGAAAUCCAGUCAACCAUGCGCAGUGAAAGAUGCAGGACGCGUGUCGGACUUUCGUAGCGUUUUCACGUGUGUUUUCGCGGUGAUGGGUAAAGUGAAAAAUAAAAAAAGUGUCACCGCGAAAAUGGCAGAUCUAAUAACCGAACGCCGGAAGAACAACCACCUCAAGCGGUCCAAGUCGGUGCGGGCGUCCCUCCGAUUCAUAGGGGCGCGACUGCUCAGCCACAAGGGCGCCGAGGAGCCCCCCAUGCAGAAAACGCCCUCGAUGUCCAGCCUGCAGGACUACAAGCGCACGUACUACGAGUACUCGCUGAUCCCCGAGGUGUUCGUCAAGGAGCCGGUGGAGACCAUCCUGAAGACGCCGAUGGUGCGGCUGGAGCAGAAGGUGAAGCUGCCGUUCAAGAAAAAGGAGAAGGUGGUGAGCACGCCGCCGCCGGUGGUGGCGCCGAAAGCCGCGCAGAUCCUCCAGAUUCCGAUCAAGGAGAACUGCGAGCCCGUGAGUCUGCAGCCCGAUGGGUACGACGGAAACGGCUUCCAUAAAAAUGGAAUGGAAUGUCACCGUCAAGGACGGUUCGAGGAAUUUGGGUACGAUUAUAGGCAAAACGGUUUCUAUAGGAACACGUUGCGGUUGUCGAUGACGGCGACCAGGAAGAGGAGCAACGUGAGGAAUUCGUCCUUUUCGUCCACCGCAAAACUCCCCACCCUCCCCAGCGACUCAGAAAUGGAGGUGGCUAGCCUGCCCACAAGCACAAAUUUACCUCCAGUAGGGCACAAACCUAGCAAAAAGGAAGCAAAGUUGAUGCAGCAACGUCUGGAGCGGUUAGCAAAAGUCAACAUACACUUACACGCUCUCUUCGCCGCGGUGGAGCAUGGCCAUUUGGAGAAGGCGAGGACUAUUCUUGAGUCGACUGAUGUAGAUGUUAAUAGUUUGAAUAACGACGGACUGUCGCCGCUAGAUGUCGCCGUGUUGAGUAAUAAUAGGCCUCUUGUGAAGAUGCUCGUCAGUUUUGGGGCGAGAGAGGGACACAGGUUUUCAAACCCAGAAAAACUCGGAUCUCACCUGAAACAGUUGCUCGGUGAAGCCGAAAUGAGAUUACAGGAGUUGGGCGGACUUUUGGAGGAGCCCACCGGUGCUCCCCUAAACACAAGGGCCUCGUUCUCCAGCAUUAUUGGAAACGCUUAUCCGACGUCAGCCAUGACAGGUUGCGCCGGCGGCGACAACGACAAACAAGCGAUAGCGUGGAGCAGACGCGUAAAAACCCUCAAAAGACUAGUGUUAGGUUUUACACAGGCCCGACCGCCGGACCCUCCGUCGCUAGUGGCCCUCGACAUCACGUCUCUAUCCUCGGUUACCAUGCGACUGCAAGAGCCUACAACGAACGAUUCCCCGAUCACAACAAAAUUCAAAGUCCAAUGGUCCACUCGUGCUGAUUUCAGCAUAAUCUCCGGUGAAAAAGAGCUUCUCGACAUGUCAAAGACCAACUGUAGCAUAGAUUUAACGCAGGGUAGAAGAUAUUACUUUAGGGCGGCUUGCGGCAAUUUAAAAGGGUUCGGAACGUUCCUGACGUCGACGCCGUCGUCCGUCGUGCCGUCGAGUUGGAGGGAGGUCGACAACAAGAAGUCCAGGUUUGACGGGCGUCUUCGCCAGCUCGACCAACUAAUGGACGAAGUCAAGCAGCUGCGUCCCGGCAGCGAGAUCCUCGAGACCCCCGGCCCCCAGAGGCGCACCCAACGAAAGAAAACCACCAUCAAGCAACUCUUCACGGCCGCCAGCAAGUUCCAGAAGAACCUACGAAGAGGCAUCUACUUAGCGUGCAUCCUCUACCACGAAGACAAAGUAUUAGUAACGAACGAAGACUUUUUGCCUGUGAUAGAAAUAGACGAAACAUUCCCCAGCUGUAUCCACACAGAUCUCCACUGGCUGAUGAAGGUUUCCUGCACGUGGGACGACACGAAGUCGUUGCGGACGGACAUGGAGAAGAACGCGUCUUCUGCUAUACAUUUCAGGACCAAGCUCCUGUCUGCGGUGCUUCAGAUGCAGUCGUCGCUGUGUCUGCAGGACCUGGGUCAGCUGUAUUAUAGGCCGUUGCGGGAUUCCCAAGGGACCGUCGUACUGAGUACCGUCAAUUAUGUAAAAACGCCGAAGAGUGUGUCGGUUUUGAACUCGAGGUGGCUGCCUAUGAACAAGGUGUUCAAGAAGACCGUGCUGGGGGACGAUCAUAGCAUAUCGGAGAUCCUGAUGGCGUCGAUACAAGAACAGAUCAAUUAUCACCAAGUGUCGAGCUUGAAGCUGAGUAAAGGGUUGUAUUUGGCGUAUUUGAAGAUGCAGAGUUCGGUGGAUUUGAUUCAAGUGGUGGUGUCGGCGAAGUCGCCGAAUAUGCUGCCGCACUGCAAGGUCCGGGAUAAUCCGCACGUGUCGGCCGAGGAGUGGGAAUACCUCAAACAGCAACACCUCCCCGACCUCACCGACAACGCGACCGAGCAACAACGAACAUUCCUCGAGCUGGUGACCAGCGCGGCGAAGCGCCUCUUCAACUACAUGGAAAUCAGCAGCGAAGACGCCAGCAGCCACCGCCUCUACGACACCGAAGUGAUCGACCUGACCGACGAGGUCAGCUUCAUCGUGGUGUGUCCUUCGGCCGAAUUCUCCUGCUCCGUGCCCGGCCAACGCGAGAUCCUCCUCCAAAGAGGCGACCUCCUCAGCCUCCCGAUCCAAGUCUUCGAAAUGAUACACCUCAACACGUACCAGAACAGCAUCAUCAAAAAAUACUCGAAACUGAGCUGCCUCCUGGAGCUGGAUUCGGCCACGGCGAACCAUCUGCAUCGCGAGGCUUUCUCGAACAGCGAAGUGGCCAUAGCUAAGGAGCGCCUUGCACGGCUGCACGAUUUACAAUCCAAGCUGAACGUGAUCUGGAAGACGGUUCGCUGGCUGAUGGAUGUUAUCACGUUCGCGAGGGAUAGGAUAACGUGCGGGAUUUCGAUGAGGUAUAUCCUGGAUAAGGAGAUCGGGUGUACGAGUCCGAAGAGGAGUUUGCUGCAGAUACCGCCGAGGGAGAGUAAGGUGGUGAAGAGUACUCCGGGUCGGGGGUCGUGGCCGGGGCCCGGGAGUAACAAUAUUAGUACCCCGAAUUCUCUGGUGAACGAGUUUAGUAAAAGUGAGCAACACUUGAGUACUAACGAGGCGUCGUCGCAGUACUUGAGUGCUUGCAGUGACUCGGAGUCCCGGAAAAACAGUGACAGUUACAGUAGUGAUUUUUUGAAUGAACGCUUGCCGCCGUCGCGUAGUGAAGACAUGUUGUUCGCUAUUCCAACCACGUCGACUCAUAGAUGUCGCGCUAGUACCGUUUCGAGUGUCUCCGCGACGACUAGUCCCUUACUCAGUGUGAGACCCCUAUAUGGGGGCAGUCUAGUGAGUGUAAACACGAUGACCACCGACAGUUUGCAUAGUUUAAGUUCGGACAGCGACGGCAACCCCCACCCUGUGGGUUCCUCCACUCCUCACAAAAUCAAGCACCGCCCCAAAAUGGUACCAUCGAAGAGCAUGACCAACAUGAAGCAGAACCUCCUCGACGUGAGCACCAAGUCGGAGCGGUACCGCCCCAGACACCUCAACCUAGAGCCCUUUCUCCAGUCGAACCUAGAGAGCGGUCUUUCCAAGAGUCUCUCGAACCUCAAAUCGCGCACAGACGAGGGUACUUACCUCAAGCCGUUCGAAGUGAAGAAGCGGGACACCACUCCAGAUACUCUAUUCAAGGUUCCUUAUCCCGACGUCACGACUCAGUCCACUUCCAAGGAGCUCCAAUCGGGGAUUUUACAAGUGUUUGCGGCGUACGAAACGGGCUUGGCUAGCGGUACUUCACUAAAGCUCCACGUGACACCUAGGACGACCGCCCGAGAAGUGGUCGAUCUGGUGGUCAAACAGCUGAACAUGGCCGUAGUGCUGAAAGGUAAAGAAGGGCCAAUUUAUCCGGCUGAUAAGUUGAAGAAUUUCUGUCUGGUGGCUGUGAUCGGAGCCCGAGAGCGCUGCUUGAGGGACGAUUUCAAGCCGCUGCAGCUGCAGAAUCCGUGGAAGAAAGGGAGGUUGUAUGUGAGGCAGAAGCACGACGUUUUGGCCGCGCUGGAGCACAGUAGCAAGCACAGUGCGAUUAUAUGAAAGGAGGCUGAAAGUUUGAUAUAAGACUUUUAUAUUGAAUUCUAGUUUUAAUCCUGUUCUUAGUCAGUAAAAAUGGUGCUAGAGAAAUAUGAAAUUUCAGUCUUAUGAUUGUUAAGUCAUUUGUUGCCUAACUAUAGCGGAACGAACCCUAUUAAAGUAAUCCUGAGCCUGUUACUUUAAGACAGAGGUCAAUCUUUCGUUGAAUAUUGAUAACACUGUGAUGAUAAGAGUAUUCACUAUAUAUCAAAAUUUUCUAUUAAAAAAGACCAUUCGGUUACUCCAUCCAUGUUGUUACGCCAGAGCAAUUUUUUGAAUGAUAUUUUAGGAGCAUUUUGUGCAAUAUCGUCCUGCUACUUUUUCUUUACGGUCGCUGAUUAUCGUCCAAACUUGCUCAUUUAUUGCGUUUUCGACGGCUACGAACACCAAUGUUAUUGACAAGUAUUAUUAAAAAAGAUACAUACUAUAAGUGUUAGUUUAGAAAACUUUCAAAUAUAUUCUAUAAUAAUAUAAUGCGUGUUAUUUAUUCAAAAUGUGCUAAGUAAUCACAUGAUGGUAUUAGAAAAACCAUAUCAUAUAGUGUUUAUGUGUUCAUUGUAAACUAUCUCUUUCUUUUAUCAUUCUGUUACUGUUUCGCGUUGCAUCGUUUUGUUUUAGUACAAAAUAAUUUUAUUGUGUUGUGUAUUUUAUAAGUGUACAUAGUUUGAUAUUUGUGUAUAGAGAAAGUUUAUUCAAGUACAGUGCAAUUAAAAAAUAUAUAUCAUUUUCUAAUAUUGAAGCUUUAAUUCAAAAUUACUUCAAUAGUGGAAAAUAUAAAAAAGAAUCACGAAACAUUGUAUUUUUUCAAUGCAUUGUAUGACUGUUGUAAUGCACAAAAUGUCUUGAUAUGUUUUAAAUGAAGUGUAAAGAUAGAACG